AUGAGUGAACCGCGUUAUAGUGCGUGUUACGGCGUCGAAGAGGUGUUACGAAGAGGUGGUGGUUUGUCAGACAGGGAAGUUCAGUCAGCCGCUUUGUGGCUUGAGACCUCCGCCAGAAACGGAGUUUUGGAGACAGACUAUCCGAUUUCAUGGAAAGCAACUGCGGGUAGAGGUUAUAAUGACCAGCCGAACUUCUCAAGAGAACACAGAAAUCAAGAUUUCUUAUUGGCGAAGUCUUUGGACACCUUUGCUAGAGAAUGGAAAACUGACAACGACAUAACAUUUAACCUGAAUUAUGCAAGACGCAGUUUUGAAAUCGAAUUUGGUUUCAGUAAAGGAAAUGGGAAACUCGAUACACAGAACGAUCAAUCGCGUGCGGUAACUACAAUACGAACCAAAUUUCCGCCAAAACUAUCCUUCCUGAACGAGAAACUUGAGACGAGAAAUCAAUUUGAAUGGAAUUCGAUGGAGUGUUGGAUGAGGAUGACGGCCCUCCGGAUUGGGAAGCCUAGCGACGAAGAGAUACAACAGCCGACGAUGCCUUCAUAUCCAAAAGCGACAGGCGAAGAGCUUGGAAGAUGGUACGCGUAUAGGAUUACGUUCAUUCUUGACAAGCAUAGAGGAGUCGACAAGCUUAAAGGCAUGUUGUUCAAAGCUGCUGAAUACAAUCUUGUAUCAAGGGAAGCCAUGUUUUCCAAACACAUAGCGACGGUUGAUGGAAGCAACCUGAGAAAAUAUGUUGAUAGGUCAAUGCUGGACUUUGAUGUGCUUUAUAUGUUGGAAUGUAAUAUUACGCAUGGCUACUUACAUGAUUACAAUCUCAAUGACGAAUUCAUGCGGUUGCUUGCUCGACAAAAGAAAGAGACAGCUCUUACCAUUUUAGAUAAAUUCCAUCAGCGUAAACAGAGAAUUUAUGAUCCUCUUUCUGACUUGAAGUCUCUUAUUCGAGGCGGUGACAAUCGGCAAGAGACGGUACCCUCGUACUGUGUCAUGAUGCGAAAAGUUGUUAUCACCCCUUCUAAAAUGUAUAUAUUGCCGCCAACUAUGGAAACUAGCAAUAGAACCAUAAGGUAUUUUAAAGACCACAAGGAACGUUUCCUGAGGGUCCAAUUCAAUGACGAGAAUGGAAGCCUUCCAUCGGGCAAUGGAGAUAACCAUGUCUCAGUCUUCAAUCGGGUUCACCGUACUCUCGUGAACGGGAUUCAGAUUGGAAAUAGGAAAGAAACUAAGCGCUGA